GGCGAGGGACGCCCCCACUUUUUUUGUUGUUGUUGUUGCGACGGCGUCGUCGUAUAAGAGGACGAGUCCUGGCGAGGAAGCGCGCAGUUUCAGUCGCGAUCCGCAUCUGGUUUGGUGUGUUUGGUCUUCGCUUCUUCUUCGACUCUUCAUAUAUAUUUGGUAGAAAAGGAUUGAAAAGAAGAUUGAAGAGAAAGAGAGAGUGCGCGAGUGAAGAGAACAUACAAUAACAACCCUCCACAAACAUACACGAAACGCUACCGAUUUUCUUUGUUUGGAAGAAGAACAGGCUGAAUUAACAUAACAGAAGAAGAAAAGUUACCGGAAGCACCGAAGACGGCAAGGAACGUUACGAAAUUGAUUAAUAAUUGAAUUGCCGCAGCAGCAGUAGCAACAAUAAGAAUGAACGGUAUGAACGGACACGCGAACGGCGGAGAGUUGAACGGCUGCGGCGGAGACAUCAUCACCCAGAACCAGCAGAAGGGAUGCUGGACCAUCGGUUUGAUCAACUCGAAAUUCAGGUACCUCACCGCCGAGACCUUCGGGUUCAAGAUCAACGCGAACGGUACGUCGCUGAAGAAGAAGCAGAUCUGGACUUUGGAGCCGGAGAAUGCGAACGGCAGCGACAGCAUGAUCUACUUGCGCUCUCACCUGGACAAGUACCUGGCCGUCGAUUCUUUCGGCAACGUGACCUGCGAGAUCGAGGAGAAGGAGCCGGGCUGCAAGUUCCAGAUCACCGUUUCCGAAGACGGCAGCGGUCGCUGGGCUCUGAAGAACGUGGUGCGCGGUUACUUCCUUGGAUCCACUUCCGACAAGCUCACGUGCACCGCGAAGGUGCCCACCGACGCCGAAUUCUGGCACAUCCAUUUGGCCGCCAGGCCGCAGGUUAAUUUGAGGAGCGUUGGAAGGAAGAGGUUCGCUCACUUGUCCGAGAACCUGGACGAGAUCCAGGUGGACGCCAACAUCCCGUGGGGCGAGGACACCCUUUUCACCCUCGAGUUCCGUUUGGACGAGUCCGGCAAGUACGCCAUCCACACCUGCAACAACAAAUACCUGUCGAUGCAGGGAAAACUGGUGGAGUCCUGCAACAAGGACUGCCUCUUCUCCGCCGAGUACCACAGCGGACAACUGGCGCUUCGCGACAGGAACGGCACCUACUUGAGCCCCAUCGGCUCCAAGGCGGUGCUCAAGUCGCGCUCCAACACCGUCACCAAGGACGAGCUCUUCUCCUUGGAGGACUCGCUGCCCCAGGCCAGUUUCGUGGCUUCACUCAACUCGCGCUUCGUCUCCGUCAAGCAAGGAGUCGACGUGACCGCCAACCAGGACGAGAUCUCCGACCACGAGACGUUCCAGCUGGAGUUCGACUGGUCGACGAAGAGAUGGUACAUCCGCACCAUGCAGGACAAGUACUGGACGCUCGAGACCGGCGGCGGCAUCCAGGCGUCCGGUGAUAAGAGAUCGUCGAACGCCCUCUUCGAGCUGGACUGGCAGAAGGACGGAUCGCUGGCGUUCCGCGCCAACAACGGUCGCUACGUGAUCACCAAGAGGUCGGGCCAUCUGUACGCCACCGCGGAGACCAUCGAGGACAACUGCAAGUACUUCUUCUACCUCAUCAAUCGGCCCAUCCUGGUGCUCAAAUGCGAGCAGGGUUUCGUCGGCUACAAAGCGGCGAACAAUCCGAAGCUCGAGUGCAACAAGGCCAGCUACGAGUGCAUCCAGGUGGAGAGAGGAGACAAAGGAGUGGUGCACUUCAAAGGUCAAAGCGGAAAGUACUGGCACGUCGACAGCGAGGGCGUCACCGCCGAUUCCGACGUCCAGGAGGGUUUCUACCUGGAGCUGAGGGAGCCGACGAGGUUGUGCAUCAAGAGCCUCCAAGGAAACUACCUGACGGCCAGCAAAAACGGCGUCUUCCGUUUGGGCGACACCGCCAUCGAGAACGCUACCCAAUGGGAAUACUAGAAACGAAGAAAAACAAAAUCAGAUCAUUAACAACAAACAAAAGAAGAGGAAACAAAUUUCGUCGAAGAGCCGAGCUAUCCACUAUAUAUUUAUUUAUUAUUAUUAUUUAAUAUUUCCGCAAAUGAAGAAGAAGAAGUGGGUGUUUGUGUGUGUGUAACGAACGUACGAACGAACAUACUUAUUUCGCGCUUCGCUCAUCUUCCCCUAUCGCUAUUGUUUAUUUAUUUUAAGUACUUACUUAAUAUGUGGUGUAGAGCAAAAAAAGAAAGGUGAAAAGUAAAGAAAAGCGUAUUAGAAUUAU